ACACUCUCUGAUACCACUCUGCAGAGGCAGGGGAGGGAAGCCUGGUGUGCCGAAACCAGUCCUGUGUGUGUCUGCGGAGCAACUGGGGAGCCAGAAGCACAACUCACGCUGAACUGUCCCCUCCUGUCUAUGGCAUGGAGCAAAACCCAGGAGUCGGUCCCUUGGCAGCGUUCAACCAGAGCAGUCUCCAGCAGGGACCAAGCACACAGCCAGUUGGGUUCCGGGGGUGGCCGUGGUUUCGUUUUGAGGAGCAGUCAGCGCCACGCCGCUUCCCCCUGCCCCGCGCGGGAGGGACGCUCCGAGCCGGGGCUCAGGGCCCCCUUCCCACCAGAGUCAUCACGCCUGCUCUGGGAAGGCCUUGGAAGAGCUGCUGGAGAAUUCCGGAAGGAGAGAAUAUUUACCAGGAGUGAGAAAAGACAAUGGAGCCGGACAUUUUAAAUGCAUUUACCCAGCCUGCUGCACUUAAUCAAUUCCUAGCUGAGAAUGUCAUCGCUCAAGGUGAGAAGAAGAAACUUAUAAAACCGACCUCAAGCAACAAUCCCAAAUUGGAAGAAUUAAAACUGGUACUGACCGACUGGAUUAACUCAACGCUGAAGGAGGAGCACAUAGUCGUUAGGAGUCUGGAAGAAGAUCUGUAUGAUGGGCUGGUACUGCAUCAUCUUUUGGAAAACCUAGCAUCUCUCAAGCUGGAUGUUGACAAGAUCGCAUUAACGGAAAAAAAACAGCGACAGAAACUCUCUGUGAUUCUGGAAGCUGUGGCUAAGUGUUUGCAACUGGAGGAAAGUCAGCUGAAAUGGAGUGUGGAAUCUAUCUUUACAAAGGACUUACUGAGCACGCUGCAUCUUCUGGUUGCAAUAGCAAAGCACUUCAAACCCAGCCUGGCCAUGCCUCCGAAUGUUCAAGUGGAAACAAUCACCAUUGAGAACACCUCCAGAGGAUUAAAGACAGCAAAUGCAGUGGAAUAUAUCACAGAAAACAAAGAGAAUUUAGAAGCACAGUCAAAAGGUGAUGCCUUUGAUGAAUUAUUUAGCCGUGCUCCAGAUAAGCUGGAUGCUGUGAAAAAGGUGUUUUUGCAAUUCGUCAACCAGCACGUUGGAAAAUUAGGAUUAAAUGUGAAAGACGUCGAAUCUGAGUUUGCAGAUGGCGUUAUCUUACUUCUGUUAAUUGGACAACUGGAGGGUUACUUCCUGAAUUUAAGGCAUUUCUUCCUGACUCCAGCCAGCACCACGGAGAUGCUUCACAACGUUAACCUUGCGUUGGACUUGAUGACGGAUGGGGGUCUUCUGAACUUUUCUGUGAACUCUGAAGACAUUGUGAACGGAGAUUUGAAGGCUACGAUGCGGAUUCUGUAUAGUUUGUAUUCCAAAUACAAGACCAAAGAAACAUGAAGAGCAAGGCCAAGAGCUUGGGCUGCUUUUUUUUUUUUUUUUUCCC